UUUUGCCAUACAACCUAAUGGAGAAUUCAACAACAGGACCAAGCAGAAGCAAUGCCGACAACUCUUCAAUUAGUUCGACAAGGAUUGUUCGAGUGCACUGGUUAAAAUUUUUAUAUCACUCUUGGAAGCGCAUUUCAAUCUUUAGCAAAUUGGUCAUUACUUGUUAUAUAGUGCUAGUGUUAGCUCAGCUAUCACUAUUUUGAUUACCUCUGCAGGUGAAUCCUGUGAUCAGCCGUUGCGUACGUUUGUUAUUGUUUAUCUUGUCCGUGUUAUAGUAUCAUGUCCGUUCUCUAUCGGGGGGCAUUUCCAGCGUGAGCAAAGACGUAUGAUGAUUUCAAGACAGCGAGAGAGGGACAGAAUAAGGGAAGAACAAGUGCGUUUAAGAAGAGCCAGAAGGAGACAAUCCGGCGUAGCAGCCAAUCUUGAAUCAUCUAGCGCCUCAAUUCAUUCAACUAUUGUACAGCCUCAGUCUAGCUGGGUCACUGCUUCGGGAGAAAAGUUACGGUCUAUCAUAGAUUUAUUUGCCAUACUCUGGUUCAUCGUGGGCAACUAUUUAUUAUUUACUUCGAAUAAUUGUGCAAUUGAGGCACCGCAAUUAUACUAUACGACCUUGGCCUUUAUUUUGAUGGGUUACUUCAUUCUCAUUUUGCCAUUGAUACUUUGUACUUCCGCAAUAUUGUGCUUACCAUGUGUACUGACGGUGAUGCGUGCUUUAAAUAUGACUGAAAUAAGUGGCAUGAAUCAAGGUGCAAGAGCUGACGAGAUCAGUAAAAUUCCCGUUUUUCGCUAUCGAGCAACAGUGUCACAAACAGGAGAGCAACAACAGCAACAUCAAAACGAAGAUGUAGUCACAUCAAGAAAAUCGAAUGGUUUUUUUGCUAAAUUAUUGAAAGGAUACCGUCACCACGAUGUAAGUGAAUUGGAAGGCGGAAGUUGCGAAGAAAUGCGUAUAACACCAUCAGAAGAUGCCAUGUGUUGUAUAUGUCUAUCAGAAUACGAAGAUAACGACUUGGUUUGUAAAUUAUGGUAAGUGAUUCCCACGUUUAGAAGUAGUAUGCUUUAUUCAUGCUCCUAUUUUUUACAUCAGGUGUGGUCAUCAUUACCACAGGUCUUGUGUGACAGACU